AUAAAUUUGCCAUGUGUUCGAUGGAGACAUGCUGGACAAACAGCUGUACUUCAGCCUGACCCGGCGACGGCGAUUCAAGCGACUCGAUCUCCACAGCAAGCGACAGCGCACUGUCCACGAGAUGUGCAAGCAAGUCAUCGACCAGGCACCAAAGGAGACCGAAUUGGUGAUUGCCUUUGGGAAUGCCUCCUGGAAGCAAGGGAAGGGAUAUGCCUCCAGUCCCAGAAGACUCAGGUUUGCCAAGUACUUUGAGCAAUUCCACCACCACCAGAGACGACCACCAGAUCGAUCCGUCUCCAAGAUCCAUGUGUGCUCGGUGAACGAGUUCAACACAUCCCAGUCAGUCAGCGGGCUUCUGAAGCCAGAAAGUGACUGUCCCGUUUAUUUCUGGAUAGACUAUUCCGUGCUUCUCCUCGAGUGGAGAUCGAGAUUUCUUCCAAGUCAUGACAUCGUCAAAUUGGUCGACCUUACCUCGGUGUAUCAUGCGUUUUCAGAGAGUACCACCUUGAUGAUCACACUCGGGCGCUUCUUCGAUCCGAGAGGAGAAAAUCGGAGGUCGACUCAAUCCAAGCGGCGCUAUGUCCAAGUCGCUCUUCGGAUGAGCCUGUCCGAUGUGAUCAGUUUUGAUGUAAUUCUGAUAGUUGACAACGAUGACCUCUUUCCGGAACAAAUUCACACCACUGUCUCGAUUGAAGCACUUCCGGUUUGCAACGAGUUCUACCCCACCAACAUUGCAUCGGAGCUGAGAUCGAGCCUCAGGCUCCACAGGGCUCGCGGUCACUCGCAACGCUUCUGCUUCACAGCAGUACUGUCGUGCCUUGGUGUUGAGUCCAUCAGAAUGUAUCCGAUCGCUAUCGUGCUAACAGACAGCAUGCUUCUGAGCGACGCCAUGUGUAUUCAUCAAUUGAUAUUACUUCGGCCAGGAGAAGCCACAGUGACCGAAGCCGACGGCAACGUCAGCGGUAUGGCGUACCUUGCAGCAUCCCCCAGCAAAUGUCGUCUGCAUCGACCCAGAUCGUCGCCUCCCAUCCGCCAGUCGGAAUUGACACAAAAGUUUCCGCCUCUGACGGCACCUUCAAGCACUGACCGUCAGUAUCAGAGCGAUUUUCUCGAAGUUGCAAAUCCCAUGAAAUGCGUAUCUCACGAGGUCCCGGUUCACCUGUCGGUUCCCACAUUUCAGAUUGAAUCGGCUCGGUUGAUAUCAUGGGUUCGCUGGUCGCAGCUGAAUCGAUCUGCAAACAAUGUUGGCAUUGCGACGCUGCCAUCGACUGAUCGCCAGCAGUGUGGCUUUCGGAUCGCCAGCAUUGUUUCUGUUGCAGAUCCAAAAUCCUCGAUGCUCCAGGAUUCUCCCCAGCGAGAUAGAAUCAAUGUUCUUAUUGUCUCCAGCUCCGAGGAGCCCCUGCUUUCAGAUCUCCUCGGCGCUGCUGGCCGUGUUAAACGGUUUUCUACCUGGAAAUGCGGGUAUGAUGGCAAGCGUGAGUCGUUGUGGAGUACCGAGCAGAAGCCUGAUGGAACUUGCCAUGUCCGAGUGAUGAACAACGCUGUCACACGGCCCUUUCCGACCCGCUCAACCGAGCUGAAAGUGACGGCCGACUGUGCCGUGUGGGGGACAUAUACUCUGCAGGAACGCGACCCACCCCAGUGCUCGUCUUCACUCUCUAUCCCCCGGCCAAUACAGUCUAUUGCCGGCAAAUUCGACGUUUCGAUAGCACUUCAAUUGGCCGCAAGCGACGCACGACACGACGCGGAGCUAUCGGCCGCCACCCUUCGGCGCAGCAUUCACACUCAAACGGCACAAGAACGAGCCUUUGGCGAGGAAUUGGUGGAGGUAGUUUCUAAUUUGGUCCCAUCCUUCCAGUAUUUGCACGCAGCGUCGAAGGUUCAAGUGAGGCACGUUGUUUCCACUUGCUCCGAGCCCCUUCUGGCAUCCGCCCGACGCAUCUGA